CUUUAUUGCAUUAACUUGUAGCAAUCCGACCUAUAUUCAUGGAACGGGCAGGGCCGAAUAUUACGGGUCCAGAGCCAUGAACCCGUUUGACCUGGAACAAAAACAUUCCAAGGGCAAAUUCCACAUUCUGCAAUGGACGUUAACGCAAGACAAUAACAAUAGAGAGAGAACUUUUGAUUGGUUCUGUAUGACGUCACAAUCUCUUAUUCGCAACGCCUUUUCCCGUUUUUGUAUAUAAUCGCCUGCAUGAUAUUCUGACACGAUUCGAUUUAUUGAUUAUACCAUAGACAACUUAUAAUAGACCGCAAGCGGAGAAUUUGUUUCAGACAAGUCACGCAUCAUUGCACACAGGUUACUUGAAAAGUAAAUAAACAAGCGUAUGUGGUUACUAUACGUAUACUCCACGAUCACGAUGAGUAACUGUUGCAUCCCUAACUGUUUCUAUAGCCACAGCAAAAAAAACGCAAAGCGGUCACUGUUUACUAUUCGUAGACCAGAUUUAGCACGGAGUUCCGACGAGAAAGAUCACCGUGAGAAGUUGACAAACUUUAUUUUAGGGUUACGCGAUUUCCGAAGGGGUGACAGAAUCAAGGAAUUACUUAAAAAAGAAAAAGCAUGUAUUUGUGAAGCGCACUUUAAACCGGAGGACAUAGUUUCCUAUUAUCAUUCAAGGAAGGAGUUAAAAUGUGGUGCAUUUCCAUCUGAGAAUUUGCCUAAAAAAUGUGGUGUACUUGUGAAGGAGAGUCGUGAACGAGUUACCCGAAAACCGUUACCAGAUGCAAUUCGCCAUAGCUGCAUAGAAAAAGUGUACAGCAGCUUCAGCAAAUUAUCUUCACAAACGAGAGGUUUGUCGAAAGAAUUUUGCUUUUAUUGAUAUCAUUUAUAAGAACAUUAGCAUCUUUUAGCAGUUGUCAAUUUACCAUUUGUAAUAUUCUGCAUAAAUAUACAGACAAAUAUGGUCAAUAACUACCAGGAAUCAAAAAACCUUACUGGAAUAUU